AUGCUUCUAGAUGAAUACCUCACCAAGGACAAGUUCCUGAAAAGAGUGUUCUCGACACCAGCACGUCACCCGCAUGAUACAACGAGCUACUUUAUAUACAAAACGAACCUACACCCCGAGUUUGAUCCCUGGGGAUGUUCUAAGUUGACCGAGACGGAAAUUGGGUCAUGGCAGUGA